GUGUGUGUGUGUGUGUGUGAGCGUGUGUGUGUGAGUGUAUGUGUGUGAGUACUCGGCUUCCUGCUGCUGCUCGGUGUCCGCACACCGUCAGUCUCGUCAGUGUUGAUCGGCUCGCCAUGGCGGAAGGACGCAGAGAACAGCCGCCCCAUCCUCUCCUCUCCUUACCACCGGCCAGCAAGCGACCCUGCCUGCGCCCUGCUCCCCGAGGUCCCGGUCCGGGGCCCGGUCACGGCAGCGGGUUGCCCAGCUCCCGGUACCGUUCCCCGGAGUCCCUACUGGACUGCGCCGCGAAGGCAGUCGCGGAAAAGUGGGCCUUCGAGAGAGUGGAGGAGCGCUUCGAGCGGAUCCCGGAGCCCGUCCAGCGCCGCAUCGUCUACUGGUCUUUUCCCCGCAACGAGAAGGAGAUAUGCAUGUACUCUUCGUUUCAGUGCCGAGUCGCCGGCGAGGAGGGUCCGUCGGCGGCUACCGGCGGGGCUGUGGGCGCUGGGUCCGGAGCUACAACCGCCGGCGGUGGCGGAGGAUCUACCGGCACUACGGCUACCGUGGGGGCAGCCGGAGCAGUGGGCACGGGAGACGGACUGCCUUUCCGCCGGGGUAUCAGGCUGCUAGAGACCGGCUGUGUGGAAAACGUUUUACAAGUCGGGUUUCACCUCAGUGGCACAGUCACUGAACCCGCCACGUCGUCGGAGCCAGAGGUCACCCACAAGGUGGCCAUCAGCUUCGACCGAUGCAAGAUCACCUCCGUCACCUGCGGUUGCGGGAACAGGGACAUUUUCUACUGCGCCCACGUGGUGGCGCUCUCUCUGUACCGCAUUCGCAAGCCCGAGCAGGUGAAGCUGCGGUUGCCCAUCUCGGAGACGUUGUUCCAGAUGAACCGGGAUCAGCUGCAGAAGCUGGUCCAGUACCUGAUCACGGCCCACCACACCGAGGUGCUGCCCACAGCUCAGAAGCUGGCUGACGAGAUCCUCUCCUCCAACUCUGAGAUCAACCAGGUUCACGGCGCUCCUGACCCGACGGCAGGCGCCAGCAUCGACGAUGACAACUGCUGGCAUCUGGACGAGGAUCAAGUCAGGGAGCAGGUCAAACAGUUUCUCUCACAGGGAGGGUACUACGGCUCCGGGAAGCAACUCAACUCCAUGUUCGCCAAGGUCAGGGAGAUGCUACGAAUGCGAGACUCCAACGGCGCCCGAAUGCUGACGCUCAUAACGGAACAGUUUAUGGCGGACCCCCGGCUGUCGCUAUGGAGACAACAGGGCACCGGCAUGACGGAUAAGUGCCGGCAGCUCUGGGAUGAGCUAGGUGCAUUGUGGGUGUGCGUGGUGCUCAACCCCCACUGCAAGAGCGAGGAGAAGAGCGGCUGGCUGAAGCAGCUGAAGAAGUGGGGCGACCUGGACGUCUGCCCGCUGGAGGACGGCAACUACGGCAGCGAGCUUCCAAACAUCACCAACGCUCUACCGCAGAGCAACCUGGCACAGGACUCUCUGUCCAGGCCGAGGAGGUCGGUGUUCAGCCGGGCCGUCGAGGCCUGCGACCUCCACUGGCAGGACAGCCACCUCCAGAGGAUCAUCAGCAGUGACCACUACAUGUCUCCGUCCUACCAGAGAGAGGGCGAGAGUCUGCUGUUCAACCCGCAGGGCCUGCCGCUCUGGCUAGACCAUGUCCCGACGGCGUGCGCUCGCGUUGACGCCUUGCGCUCCCACGGAUACUCCCGUGAAGCACUGCGAUUGGCCGUGGCCAUCAUCAACACGCUCCGCCUCCAGCAGCAGAGACAGAUGGACAUCUACAAACACCAAAAGAAAGAGCUUCUCCAGAGGGGCGUGACUUCCACCACCAACCUGGAAGGCUGGGUGGGUCAUCCCUUGGACCCGAUCGGCUGUCUGUUCACCACGCUCACCGAAACGUGCCGCGUGGACGACGACAACACCAUGGAUACGGGAGAAGGCGACCCCAGGCCCCCGGUGUACCACCACGUACCCGUGUGGGGCAGUCCUGACGGAGGGGAGUCCUACCUGACCUUGGCCUUAGAGGUGGCUCUGAUGGGCAUGGGCCAGCAGAGGAUAAUGCCCGAGGGCCUGUACGCUCAGGAUAAGGUGUGUCGGAACGAGGAGCAGAUUGUGGCGAAGCUUCAGGAACUGGAGCUGGACGAGCUCCUGGUCCAGACUCUUCGGAAACAGGCCAUACAGCUGCUGGAAGCCGGUCCGUUCAGCGGCCUCGGGGAGGUCAUCCACAGGGAGAGCGUUCCCAUGCACACCUUCGCCAAGUACCUCUUCUCUGCCUUGCUGCCGCACGACGCCGACCUGGCGUACAAGGUGGCCCUCCGCGCCAUGAGGCUGCCGGUGCUGGAGUCCUCAGGGGGCUCGGGGGACGUGGGCCACCCCCACCACGGCAUCUCCAUAGUUCCAAGCAGAUACCCGCGCUGGUUCACACUGGGACACCUGGAGUCCCAGCAGUGCGAGCUGGCCUCCACCAUGCUCACCGCCGCUAAAGGUGACAUGUUGAGGUUGCGGACCGUGCUGGAGGCCAUCCAGAAGAACAUCCACUCCUCUUCCUUAAUCUUCAAGCUGGCCCAGGACGCCUUUAAGAUAGCCACACCCGCAGACAACCCGCCGGAUAUAACUCUGCUCAACGUGGCACUGGAGCUGGGACUGCAGGUGAUGAGGAUGACUCUGUCCACACUGAACUGGAGAAGGAGAGAGAUGGUCCGCUGGCUGGUAACCUGUGCCACUGAAGUCGGUCUGCGGGCGCUGGUGAGCAUCUUACAGAGCUGGUACACCCUCUUCACGCCGACCGAGGCCACCAGCAUCGUGGCGGCCACCGUCAUGUCGCACAACACCAUCCUGCGGCUCAGCCUCGACUACCCGCAGCGCGAGGAGCUGGCCAGCUGUGCCAGGACGCUGGCGCUGCAGUGCGCCAUGAAGGACCCCCAGAACUGCGCUCUGUCGGCCCUGACGCUCUGCGAGAAGGACCACAUCGCCUUCGAGACGGCCUACCAGAUCGUGAUCGACGCGGCGUCCACGGGUAUGACGUACUCCCAGCUGUUCACCAUCGCGAGGUACAUGGAACACCGAGGAUAUCCCCUGCGCUCCUUCAAGUUGGCCUCGCUCGCCAUGACCCACCUCAACCUGGCGUACAACCAGGACACGCACUCGGCUAUCAACGACGUGCUCUGGGCCUGCGCGCUCAGCCACUCCCUGGGUAAAAACGAGCUCGCGGCCAUCAUCCCCCUGGUGGUGAAGAGCGUGCACUGCGCCACGGUGCUGUCCGACAUCCUGCGGCGGUGCACCAUGACGGCGCCGGGUCUCGCCGGUAUUCCGGGGAGGCGGAACUCUGGGAAGCUGAUGUCCACGGACAAGGCGCCGCUGCGGCAGCUCCUGGAUGCCACGAUCUCGGCGUACAUCAACACCACGCACUCACGACUGACGCACAUCAGUCCGCGCCACUACGGGGAGUUCAUAGAGUUCCUGAGCAAAGCGCGAGAGACUUUCCUGCUGGCGCUGGACGGCCACAUUCAGUUCGCCCAGUUCAUAGACAACCUGAAACAGAUCUACAAGGGCAAGAAGAAACUGAUGAUGUUGGUCAGGGAGCGCUUCGGCUGACCACGCCCCUCCCUCAAGUAGUGCGACUAUUUAAGGUUUUUUUUUCUUCUUAUGUUGAGCCAUUUGUUGACUAAGUCUUAAGUUUUUCUCCUGUUUUGUUGUUUUGUUUCUUGAAUGUGAACCAGGAAGUGUUCGCAGUACAUUGCUCUGCUUCAUUGAGACUGCGAAAGGCGGGGAAAGGGCUCGAAAUGUCAAAGAAACGACAACAAAAACAAAGCAUCCCCCCCCCCCCCCCCCCCCUCCCUUCAACUAAUGUUAAAUCUAGUAUGAAAAAGUCAAAAGAUUGUAAUGGGGGGGGGGGGGGGGGGGACUAAAGGAACUUUUGAGGGUUUUUUUGUGGGGGCACAAAACCAAAAGAUCUCGUUGGAUGGGGUACUUACUUUGAGCCAGAAGACGCUUUCAGCUGCGGUUAAGAAGAAGAACAAGAACAAGAAGAAGAAGAAGAAGAAGAAGAAGAAGAAGAGGGGAAAGUGGUUUUCAAAGUAGAAAGGAACUUGUCAUUUCAAAAGGCAAAAAAACCCAGCUGAGGUCAGAAAACGUGCACAGUGUUACCGCCAUAACUCAACUGUAUUAUUAGUCGGCUUUAACUUCUCCAUCAGAAAAAUGGGCCUUGUGUUCCAUUGAGAGUAGAGUAGAGAGGGCAGAAGACAGAACUCCAAGUUGUAGAAGACGUCAGCACCAACAGGUUUCUGAGCGCGAGUCCAGCUCCUCCCCUCCGCGCCUGCCUGGUCAGUGUUUUCAAAUCCUAGCUGAAGUCGAGUCGUUGAGGCUCCACGGGCACAUGCAUAAAUAUAUGUAUCUGAUAAACGAUAGACGGGGGUCUCAGUAUUCCCAUAUUUACGGCUAACGCUGCACUGCUGUACGGCUUGUUUGUAGCCAAAACCUUUGAAAUCAAUAACGACUCCUGUCGUCACAUUUCACUCGCUAGAUUGGGAUUUAGUCAAUAAGCAAUAUUAGUCAAGCUUGUGCUUAAUUUUGUAUAUCAUCCAGUGGCGUUAAUUUCCCCUUCUUGUUCUCUGUUAGGAAGCUUUGGAUCAUACUUUGGGACCCGGGUUGAUUUCAGCGUUAACUCUGCCUGUAGCUCAAGUCCCUUUUCCAUCUCAAGAACUGUUUCUGGAACCCCAGAGCACAACGCCAUUUUAAGAGCAGGAAUGUGGUUCCAAUGUUGGUUCUUUUGGUCACGGUUCCUACCCCUAAAGCCCUGGCAGAUAGUACUUUUUACCAAUAUUGCUUGGGGUGACCUGUGCAGCACUUGUGGAUCAAAUAAGCACUAUUUAAAUGUAACCGCCAGGAUUUUCUAAAAGUACUGUAAAAGUACUUAGCGAGAGGUAAUUAGUGCUGAACAGUAAAGAAAAUAUUGGACUGAUAACAAGGACCAAGCUCUGCCUUGUAUAUUGAGAAUCAAAAAGCCUCCCAAAAUAUAUAUUUUUUUGAAUUUAUAGUAGAACUAGGCUUAUACCACUUCCACACAUUUGCACUAACUAAUAUUGUUACGUGAACAAUAGAUCAACUGAUCAGGUGUAAAUGGGAAACGGUUGUUUUUAGUGACCAACAAAGAAAUAAUGAUUACCGCCCAACUCUACAAAGCCUUUUAGCAUGAAUUGAGCUAAUCCGUAGAUUUUUAUCCGGCCUACAAAAUGUACCGUUUGGUGAAGUCUUGCUGUGCCCAUCAUCUUCAUUUCAAAGACAGCAAACACCGGCUGCUUCGCACCACCGUUAGCGUCUAGCUAGCGGGCGCGGUGUAGCAUUUAGCUUCUAAAGAGUCGGUGGAGACCAAAAUGGAGCUAAAGGGAGAAAACCCUAUUGGACCAACAUUUGACUGCAAACAAAUACCUAUGUGGCUCCAUCUCUGCCACAUGUGUAAAUUAGCAGCUCUUUGCUAACACGAUGGCGACUUUUUAAGAGGAUGCAUGUGUUGUAUUGUUUGUGUUCUUAGCUAAACAACAACAACAACAACAACAACAAUCUGAAAAGAUUCAAAACCACAGUAAUUGCAGUAAUCACACCGUUCCCAUUAGGUAAAUACGCCUGCGUUGAUCCAGGAUUCUUCUAUUCUCCCGGUUCUCUGGUCUCUCGGGAUGGAAAAGAGUCUGCAGCUACUAAAGCCACGACCUGUGUGCGGUUGCGAUCAUGCUGGACUAAAGAUACACAGUGCAAACGCUGCAUGUUUUAUGACUUGAUGACUUAAUCGUGCAUAUUUGAAACCACAUGCUUCGGCACAGGGGAGUUUCUUUCGGGGGGGGGGCUGGUUGCAUAUGAGGGAUGUCCACGCUCCCCUUUCUUUACCCAGUGGCAAAGCAUUGUUGGCAGAAUACAGCAAGAGCAAGAGCUCACCGGUCGGACUGAACGUCAUCGUACGAGCACUUCACACAAAUACCUCUUCAGUACGUUCCUGCCUGCUUCAGCGUUUAUUUUAUCAAUGGUUUCAGUGACGCCGUACGUUUCGAGUCGGGCGGACAUUCUUUUGAACAGAGGAACAUUUUCUUGCCUGCUUUUACAUUCCAUGAGAGCGACCUUCGCCCACUCCCCGGGUAGUAGUCAGUCCCAACUCUGGGGGGCUUUUCCUCCGAUCUGAAGAAACGCAGUUAGAAGAAUGGAGGGAACACACACACACACACACACACACACACACACACACACAAUUAAGGAAAACUGAGCAGAAGAAAGAAAAGAGGCUAAACUCAGUUCUCAGGGACACCACUUAAAGAAACAAAACAAAAAGUAGUAGCAUUAAGCAUUUAAGAUAUUGUAAAUAUGAAAGUGUCAAUUCAGAAAAUUGUAAAGUUAUAAUUAUUUAUGAUAAGUAUGUUAUGUGUUUGUUUUCACUUUAUUUUUCUGUUUUGUUCUCUUUUUUUUUGGCGGGGGUGUACUUGAACUGUUCUGGACAGGGAAUUUGACAGCAGUUUUUUU